CCUCAGCUCAAAUCUUAGAGGUGAUCUCUCUCCCUCUCUUUUUCCUUCAAUUAUAUGAAAAUCAGAGGUUUCAAUUAUAUAUAUAUUUUGUCAUCGCAGGUUCUGACGGAGUCGAUAAGGGCGGUUAGUUUCAGCUUCUUUACAGACGAAGAGGCGUCAAAACAGAGUGUCAUCAAGAUUACUAAACCGGACUUGGUUGACGAAUUAGGAACACCGGUGCAAGGUGGCCUUUAUGAUCCUGCAAUGGGUCCUCUCGACGACAGAAGCCACACAUGUUGCAGAACAUGUGGCCAGAACGCGUAUAAUUGCCAAGGUCAUUUUGGUCAUAUUGACAUUGUUUUGCCGGUCUAUAAUCCAUUGUUGUUCAAUCAUCUUUACAAACUUCUACAAAGAACCUGCUUCAAUUGUUGCUGUUUUCGAACAAGCCGAGAGCAGGUUCAAAAAUGUGUUUCCCAAUUGGAACUCGUGAUGAGAGGUGAUGUUGUUGCGGCAAAGAGAUUAGACUCUGACUCGCCUAAUCAUCACUCAUAUCUCGAGGAGGGCGGGGAAGGAAAUGAUACUGAGAGAGACAGGCAUUCGAAGCCGGAAAGAUGGACGUCUCUUCAGUUCACAGAAGCCAUGUCUAUUUUGAAUUGUUCUUUGGAGACACAACAAACGUGCAAGAAUUGUGGACACAAGAAUCCUAAAAUCACUAAACCGACUUUUGGUUGGUUUGAGAGGAGUGGUGCUGAAAAUGCUAGAAAAAAUGUAAUCAGAAGAUGCAAACUGGUAGGACCUUUAACUGUUCAAGAAGAGGGUGAAUCUUGUGGCGACGAUGUUGAUGCAGGCAUAUCUGAUAUAUCUUGUGCAUCCUCAUUUGUGACUCAAGUCACUGCAACGAAGAAGAGUGAAGAACAAGAGAGCAUAGUGCUGGAUCAGUAUUUUAAGCAGAAAGAAGCCUUAUCAGGAGAUCUUACACCAAAAAAGGUAAAAGAAUUAAUGAGCCUUUUGUGGACAAAAGAGGCUCAACUCUGCUCUUAUCUUAGUGAUAUCCAACACAAUGGAGUGGAAAGAAAAGAAGGUCACUCUAUGUUUUUCUUAGAGAGUGUUCUUGUACCACCUAUCAAAUUUCGUCCUCCGGCUCGUAGUGGUGAUUCUGUGAUGGAGCAUGCGCAAACUGUUUCAUUAGGUGAGGUGGUUCGGGCAAAUUCAUACUUGAAAGACGCUCUUGAUAAGAACAAAGUGUCGCAGAUAAUUCAGUGCUGGAAGCGACUUCAAGAUUGUAUUAAUCUAAUGUUUGAUGGUCAAGGUGGCAUUCGUCAGAUGCUGGAAAAGAAGGCAGGCAUGUUUCGCCAGAAACUGAUGGGAAAGAGGGUUAAUUUUGCUUGCCGGUCUGUUAUAUCCCCAGAUCCCUAUUUAGCUGUUAAUGAGAUUGGAAUUCCACCAAUCUUUGCAUUGACAUUAACAUAUCCUGAGAGAGUUACUCCGUGGAAUGUUUUCAAGUUGAGAAAUGCUAUUGUCAAUGGUUCUGAAAUCCAUCCUGGAGCUACACACUAUAUUGAUAAAACAUCUAUCAAGUUGCCGCAAAAGUGGAGGGAGCGCGUUUUAUUGUCAAGAAAGUUACCUUCUUCGAAAGGGGCAGGGACACAACAUGGGAAGGGAUCUGACUACGAAAACAAAAUUGUACUUCGUCACUUGCAAGAUGGGGACAUUGUUCUUGUUAAUCGCCAGCCUACACUUCACAAACCCAGUAUAAUGGCUCAUAUAGUUCGUGUGUUGAAGGGGGAGAAAACAUUACGCAUGCACUAUGCAAAUUGCAGUACAUACAAUGCAGAUUUUGAUGGUGAUGAAAUGAAUGUUCAUUUUCCGCAAGAUGAAAUUUCUCGCGCUGAAGCUUACAAUUUGGUGAACGCAAAUAAUCAAUACGUAAAACCCACUAGUGGUUUUCCCAUUCGAGCCUUAAUUCAGGACCAUAUCAUAAGUUCUCUGUUCCUUUCAAAAACGGACACAUUCUUCGACUUGGAUGAAAUUAAUCAGCUUCUGUAUAGUUCUUCUGUUUCAGCAUGUGGUUCAGAAACUUUCUCUGGCAAGCCAGGUCAAAAGGUUCUAAUGUCCAACUCUGAAGAUGCAAUGCAGCUCCCCCUUCCUGCAAUUUGGAAACCAGUGCGUAAGUGGCCUGGCAAGCAGAUCAUCACUACCUUGCUAAAUCGAAUUACAAGUGGUUCUCCCCCACUUACUUUUGAAAAGGAAGCAAAACUUCCAUCUGGGUUUUUCAACUGUAAGACUCCUGUAGAAGAAGAGAGAUCUGCUAAAGGUCACCGUGCAAAAGAGAAGCAGUCAAGAAUAAAAGAAGCCGGUAAAGAUGAUUCAAGGGAAAUAGAGGAGCCAGAUGAGAGCAAGUUGUUAAUCUACAAAAACAAUUUGGUGCGUGGAGUGAUUGACAAAAACCAGUUUGGUGAUUAUGGUUUGGUCCAUAAUGUGCACGAACUCUAUGGUUCGGAAGCUGCAGGAAAAUUGCUUUCUGCUUUUAGUCGUUUAUACACUGUUUAUUUACAGAUGCACGGGUUCACAUGUGGAGUUGACGAUCUUUUGCUAUUACAAAGCAAAGACAAAAAAAUGAAGGAACAACUUGAAAGUUGUGAAGAGCUUGGUGAAAAAGUUAUCCGUGAGUUUAUUGGGGUCAGACAGAAUGAAAGAAAAGGUGCAUUGAUAUUGCAAUCGGAUAUUGAAGAAUUUUUGCGCAACAAUGGAGAAUCUGUGUCGGAAAUGUUGGACAGGAAAAUGACAAGUGAACUUAAUAAGAAAAUCUCCAAUUCUGAUGUCUUCAAACAAUUGUUUCAGAAAGGUUUAUCAAAACCAUCUUUUAAGAAUUGUAUGUAUCUUAUGACAAGCUCUGGGGCUAAAGGUGGUGUGGCAAAUCUCCAACAAAUUGCUGCAUACUUGGGUCAGCAAGAGCUAGAAGGCAAGCGAGUCCCUCAAAUGGUUUCUGGAAAAACUUUACCAUGCUUCCCUCCAUGGGAUUGGUCACCUCGAGCUGGAGGUUUUAUUAUUGAUCGCUUUCUUACCGGUCUUCAUCCUCAGGAGUAUUAUUUUCACUGCAUGGCUGGCCGUGAAGGGCUGGUUGAUACAGCUGUUAAAACUUCUCGUAGUGGAUACUUGCAAAGAUGCCUAAUCAAGAAUCUCGAAUGCCUUAAGGUUUCUUAUGACUAUACUGUUCGUGAUGCUGAUGGUUCGAUUAUUCAAUUCCGAUACGGGGAGGAUGGUAUUGAUGUCCAUUUGACAAGUUUUAUUCAAAAAUUUGAAAAACUGGCGAAUAAUAAAGAAAUGUUUGACAAGAGAUUUGGUCGUGAAAUUGAUAAGUUCAAUCCCUAUAUUGAUGAGUUGCCUCCCGCUCUCAAAAGAAAAGCAGAGAUGUCAGGUCCUGAUUUGUCUUUGAAGGAAAAGAAUGCCAACUUGAAGUUAAUGGAGCACAAAUUUCUCAGCAGUCUUGCGCAACCAGGAGAACCAGUUGGUAUUCUUGCUGCUCAGUCUGUUGGAGAACCAUCAACACAAAUGACUCUGAAUACCUUCCAUAACGCUGGGCGAAGUGAAAUGAAUGUGACUCUUGGCAUUCCACGGCUCCAAGAGAUCUUGAUGACUGCUUCAAAUGAUAUCAAGACUCCAGUUAUGACAUGUCCAUUGAGAAUGGGGAAAGCGGAAGAUGCUAAAAGUCUAGCUGGUAGGUUGAAGAGGAUCACCGUGGCCGACAUAAUAGAGAGCAUGAAAGUAAAUAUUAAACCAUUUACACAUCAGGACCAUCAGACCUGCCGUGUUUAUGAGCUUGAGAUGACUUUUUUUAUACCGGAACAUCUUUCGAAAUUUUCAGAAGAUUGGGAGGAACUCCUAAAGGUCAAAUUUGUCAGGGCUUUGGAGGAUGCCAUACAAAAUCAUCUUGUUUUGCUUUCUAAAAUUAGUGGUAUAAAAGAUAUAAAGGCUGAUUCACUGCCGAAGGCAUCAAAUGAGACAGACGAAGAUAUUUCUUUUAACAUAUCCCAGCAUGAGGGAGAAGGUGGUGACGAUGACAAUGUAGAUGACAGUGGUGAAGGAGUUGAGGAUUUUGGGUUGGAUGCACAAAAACAAAAGCGACAGGGUACAGAUGAGAUGGAGUAUGAUGAUGACUGGGAGGAUGAAUUUAAUGAAGGUCGUCAAUCUGAUGAAUUUGAAAACGAAAUUGAUAAUGGGGAGCUUGAUGUUGAGAUUGAUAAGGAUGGUGUGACAGGGAUCUCAGAUGCUAAUGAUAAAAUGCAAGAAAGUUGUUCAACUGGAGGUAUAUCUAAGCCACACUCGAAGGGAAAAAAGACCAAAUCAAGAGAUAAAAUAAAAAAGAAGACCAGUGCAAAGCUAGUAAGAAAGGAGUAUGACAGGGCAACUUUUGUGUCAGCCAAGGGCUUCCACUUUGAGAUCCAUUUUAAAUUUACCAAUGAACCUCAUAUUCUUUUGGAUCAGAUUGCUCAGAAGACAGCCCGAAAUGUUUAUGUCAAAAGCUCUGGCAAUAUUUUGGAUUGUCAAGAUAUUGAUAUUUAUGGUAAUGAAGAUCAAGUUUUCUGCUGCUGGAAUGAUCCCAGAAAUAAAUUAUCGGGUGAAAAGAAUCCCUCAGAAGAAGAAAAGAAGAUGCGAGCCUUGCAGACAGCAGGCGUGGAUUUUGCUACUCUAUGGAAACUGCAAGAUGAUCUUGAUGUCAACUAUAUAUAUUCCAACAACAUUCAUGCCAUGCUGAACACUUACGGAGUAGAAGCCGCCAGAGAAACUAUCAUCAAAGAAAUAAGUAACGUUUUCAAGGUGUAUGGGAUAUCUGUCAAUAUUAGACACCUGUUACUGAUAGCUGACUACAUGACUCGUAGUGGUAGUUAUCGUCCUAUGAACAGAUUUGGGGGAAUAGCGGAGUCUACAUCUCCGAUGAAUAAAAUGUCAUUUGAGACGGCUUCCAAGUUCAUUCAGGAAGCGGCAUAUCAUGGGGAGAAGGAUGACUUGGAAACCCCAUCUGCUAGGAUCUGUCUUGGGCUGCCGGUGAAAGUGGGUACUGGAUGUUUUGAUUUGAUGCACAAGAUGGAGAUUUAGCCAAAGCUGUCUCUUGUAUUUGCAAUAACCUCGGAGGAUUUACUCAGAAUUUGAUUCCAAUAUAUUUUGCUAUAUGCCUUGCUUUAGGGUUGCUUGACAAUUCACGAUUUCAUUACUU